CACACAUGGGAACACAAACAUCCCACAGGAACCCAAACAUCCCACAGUCACCCCCUCCCUCAGGAACCCAAACAUCUCACAGGAACCCAAACAUCUCACAGGAACCCAAACAUCCCACGGGAACCCAAACAUCCCACGGGAACCCAAACAUCCCACGGGAACCCAAACAUCCCACAGGAACCCAAACAUCUCACAGGAACCCAAACAUCCCACAGUCACCCCCUCCCUCAGGAACCCAACAUCUCACAGGAACCCAAACAUCUCACAGGAACCCAAACAUCCCACAGGAACCCAAACAUCCCACUGGAACCCAAACAUCCCACAGGAACCCAAACAUCCCACUGGAACCCAAACAUCCCACAGUCACCCCCUCCCUCAGGAACCCAAAAUCCCACUGGAACCCAAACAUCCCACAGGAACCCAAACAUCCCACAGGAACACAAGCAUCUCACAGGAACCCAAACAUCCCACAGGAACCCAAACAUCUCACAGGAACCCAAACAUCCCAUGGGAACCCAAACAUCCCACGGGAACCCAAACAUCUCACGGGAACCCAAACCUCCCACAGGAACUCAAACCUCCCACAGGAACCCAAACCUCCCACAGGAACUCAAACAUCCCACAGGAACCCAAACAUCCCACAGGAACCCAAACCUCCCACAGGAACCCAAACCUCCCACAGGAACCCAAAAAUCCCACAAACAGACACAUAAAAAGUGCUUCAAAG